AUGGCCAACAAAGCUACCUUCCAUCUCCUCAUGAUCUUCUUCUUCACUCUAUCUCAAUUCUUCUUCUUCUUCCCUACCAAUGCUUCGAGAUUUGGGAGUUUGAUGGAUAAGCCUGAUCAGAUUAACCUACCUCAACACGAGAUACUACUGGAUGUGAAGAAGGAUUUGGAGGAAAGGGUGACGAUGGAGUUAAACGAUUAUCCAGGCUCGGGUGCCAACAACCGGCACUUGCCACGUGGAAGAGGGUGCAUCGAUUGCUGA